AGAUUUACUAAGUAUAUCCACAUAUGUACAUAUAUUUAUCUAACAACUCUACUCAGAAAAAAACAUACAAUUUUUGUUGUCAUAGAACUCCAAUGCGAAUCGAUAUUAAACAAGUCUUCGAAUUUUCAUGUUAAAAAAAAUUUUAUAAAAUAAAAUGUCGAAGUCCGUUACCAGCUUGAAAUCGCAGUCGCGUAGAAAACCAUCAAAGACUCAUUUGGCGAAGCCCAGCACGGUUAAUACUGUGAUUACUGAACAAGAUGAUGUUCCUGCAGAAGAAGACUCAGAUGUUCAAUUAGUUACGACAGGUAAACUGCAAGUAAAGAAGUGGCGCGAACCUGAUUCAGAUGAUGAAGGCAAUCCAGAGCAUACCUAUGAUAUUGCUGAAGCUUGGCGAAGUCUUUUUAGUUUAUCAUCGUGCCACCAAAUAAUCCUGAAAGAAAAUGUUCAACGACGUUUACAACUUUUGGUUGGAAUGAAUGUUACUCAGGAAUUCCCCUGGAAACAAAUAAAAUAUAAAAAUUUGAUAGAUCAAUUUGAAAAUAUAGAAGAUGGUGAUUUUAUGAGCUCAGCACUUGAAGGGUUUAAUUUAGAGGAUCAUUUGCUAUUUGGUUACGCACCUAUUUUAACAGAAAAUCAAGAUGAUGUCCCUGAAGGCGAUCCAUUCAUUGUCUUUUUGAGUCCUGCAGAUGCUAAAAUAGCAUUAACUAUAAUUCGAAAUAUGGAAUUAUAUGAGCGCUGGCUUGUAAACAAACGUUUGAUAAAAAAACCUCGUAGGUGGAUAUCACUAGGUAGUGAAAAUGAAGUAAACAUGACUAUGGAGCAAGUCCACUCGAGUCCGUUAGAGGUUGAAGUGCAAAGUGUAUAUCCUUUAAAAAUACCUGUAGUCAAAGAGUUUUCUUUACGGAAAUCUUCAGAUAUACGAGAUGGAUAUGUAGAGUUAUUACCUAGUGAAUCAAUAAAAUUUGAAAAUGUUACGCGCCGUCGAGUUACUAUUGGAAUACAAUCCGCACCAACUUUAAUUGAUCUAGAGCAGCAAACCGAUCCCACAUUUCCAACAAAUGCUUGGGCACAAUAUCUAUAUGAAAUAAGUGAUGAAGAUGGAAUGGAUGAAACAUCAGAAGACGAGACCUCUAAGGAUCAAAUGCACGGCCCAAGCAGAAGUCCCACACCAUCACCAAUGGAACCUCCAAUAUCUAAACCACCACCCGUAAUAUCAUCUAAUAUUCGACUGUUACUGGACACCCUUGAGUUCAAUCAGAUCGAUAUGUACCGUAAUGAUUAUGCAUAUAUUUGUAAUAAACCUAUUGAACACUACACAACUCCACAUUUAGAAGAAACCUUGUGUUUUGCUAAUAUAUCCAAGAGCUAUGAGCGCUACGUUUGCGGGAUAGAUUGGUAUUCCUCACUGUCAGGAUUAAUUGCUACCUCUUAUACAUUCAAUACACCUGCAACAGUUGAAAUAAUCUCUCGGCAUGUGGAUGUAGUUCAACGUGCUGUAUUGCAGCCAAAUCCGAUUUUAAUGUGGAGUUUUGCUGAUAAUUUAAAUUACAAAUUAGAGUUCGAAUCAUCUCAAGAAGUGACCGUACUCUCAUUUUGUCCACACGACCCUAAUCUUUUAUUCGGUGGAGGUAAAAAUGGUCAAAUAAUUGCUUGGGAUUUACAAGGUCGGGCAGAAAAACUUGACGCUGAAGAAAUACUAACAGCGGCACAAUCCAAAUAUCGUGUUUUAAUAGCUGAUUUCUUAAAAUGGACAAUACAGAUAAAUGAAGAUGCUAUUGUACCGCCGGUCAUGUCAUCAGCUUUAGAAGUGUCACAAAAAGCUUCAAUCACUGGAAUAUAUUGGUUGGGUCAACAUUUUUAUGUAAAUUCCUUUGGAAAGACUCUUACUGAUCCAAAUAAAGAUGUUGUACAUAAAUUCUUUCUCACUUGCUCCGUGGAUGGAACAAUUUCCUUCUGGGAUUUGGAUUCAACAAAUGAUAAAAAACUUCAAGCUGGAACUUUAAGACAUGAUCAACCCAAAGCUCUGACUCAAAGUGAAUCCAUCUAUAAAAAUAAAGUGUUAAAACCUAUAUUUACUAUUGUAUUUAAUGAACCUAUAACAUCCGUAUUUUGCGAUUCAUCUGUAUUUCACUGCAAGGUCCCAGAUUCUGCAAAAAAAAAAGUAAAUUCGAAUAAUUUUGCUACAAUUUUAGAACCAAUUAAUCCAAAAGAAAUAAGACAGUCUGUUAUAACAUCAUCAUUUUAUGGACACAUUGAAAGACUGAAUUGGUUAGGCUCAUAUGCCGAUGAAGAAUGCCGCGAGACCGUUUCUAAAUCUAUAAAUUUUGCUAGAGUUCACGAUGGUCCAGUAAUUGCAAUAAGGAAGAAUCCAUUUUAUCCAGUUGUAUUUGUUUCAAUAGGUCGGGCUAUAUUUGCAGUAUGGAAAGAAAAUUUUAAUUAUUCGCCAAUAUUUUGGAGAAAAUGUUCUGCCGAUUUGACAGCGGUGACAUGGAGUGAGUCGAGACCUGGAAUUUUAUAUCUCACACGUAUUGAUGGGAAUAUGGAAGCUUGGGACAUUUUAGCGCGAGACGAUGAUGCCUGCUACAAUGAUAUUUUGGGCGGUGGAAUAAUUACGGCGAUAUCGGAACAUCGCCCUUCAGAACCUGAGAAGCUACUUGGAAUUGGUGAUUAUAACAGCAGUUUCCGCAUGAUGAAGUUACCACAAAGUUUUUACACUCCAGAGCCUAAAGAACUGGAGAGAGUUAAAGAGUAUUUUAGUAAGGAAGAAAACCGUAAAAAAUCUAUUCAGGCUUGGGAGCAUCAGUAUUUCGAAAAUAAUCGUGACAUAAUUGAGGCAAAACGUCAAGCUGAAUUGGAUGCUAGGAAGGAACUAGAACGACUUGAAAAGGAAUAUAUAAUAAAUGCAACGCGCAAAGUUAAGGAAGGCGAGGAUGAGAAUAAAGAUGAAUCUAAAAAUCUUUCAUAUACAGAACGAAUGAAACGUAAAUGGGAUGAAUUGAAUUUAAAUCGUUUACUAAGCAUUUUAAUGUCACGCAAGCGUGUUGAUGAAGAAAAGCUAGAGAGAGAAACUCGGCUUGAAAAAAAACAUUUAGCUUAUGAGGCUGCAAAGAAACAAUCCUUAAUUCGCAUCCAGCAACGAGUGGGUGAAGAAGUAGCAUCUGUAAGAGCAAGGAUACUACCUCACGAAAAAGUUGAUCUACAACGUAUCGACAUGAUACUUUCAUCUGUAAGAGUAUUAAUGGAGGCCGUCGAUGAUUAUGUUGACACUGAAAUGGAAUCCAAUGAAAUAGUAAAAGACUUUGAUGCCUUUGAUACUUUAAGUUACAUAGAUUUCUUAUAUCGUGGAGAUCAUCGUCGUCGUUUGCUGAACAAGUCAAUAGGUGGGAAUACUGAAAGAUUAUAUUGGUAUGAAUGCAUCCAAGACGAAGAUCUCUUAGAAGAAUGCAGUUGGUGGUAUGACAGUUUUCUUGACCCCCAAAUAUCCAUAAAUGUUAAUAAGAAUAACGAAAUACAAAAUUUGGAUUCCGAUAUGAGGUUAACAUAUACGGGAGACUAAACGUGUAAAACAUUAAAUACAAUGAAUAUUAAAAAUACCAUACAUUUUCAAUGCUAAUUGUUUAGUUUUAAUUUUCGUAUACAUACACAUUCUUAUGAACGUUAACUAAGUUAACCUUUUUAAAAGAGUAAGCUCAACACAUCAUUGACCAUUUUAAAGUGAAGUGUCAUAUAAUAUCACUCUAAAUAAAAACUGGUAAU